GUUUAUCUUGCUACUGAUAUCGUCUACUGAUACAAAGCAAGGCAGUACUUUGGCCUGUUACACAUAUGGCUUUUUUUUUUUUAAAUGCUUGUUUUUAUGUCAUAAAAACUGUUCUUAUUUUCUUAGCAAGAGAUGAGUGAAAACAGAAACAUGAAAAAUUGUUAAAUGACUAUGUUAGCUGUCUUGGGACAUUUUUGAUCAUAGCACAUAGCAUUAGUUUCAGGUGAACUUUGAUAAAGAAGAACUAACCUAUGGGAAGCCGUGAUAAACAUCUGAAGACAGUAAGGAUGCUCAUUGAGACGGCAAGGGACUAGAAGUGAAGCCAAGAACUGUCUCUGACUUUACUGCCUCUAAGGGCCAUAUGGCCUCUCGGUUUUACAUCUGUGUGGAUUGGCUUUGUGCUUCCUCUCCCCGUGACUUUGGCGUGUGUGCGCUGACUGUUGAUUUAUGACUUUGUGUCGCUAAGACUUAUGCUGUUUGACUAUUUUCCUUGGAUAUUUCAGGAUGUGAUCUGAUUGGCUCAGCUGGGCCGCAUGUGCAUCUCUGGUCCAAUUGGUUAUAACCAGAAAGGCUCCUCUCCCAAAACAUGCCCGACUUGUGUUAAUAAGGUUAACUACUGAGCUUCAGGAGAAACGUUCCCUUCUUCCUGAGUUUGUCACAACUAGCCUUUUAUUUGGUUUAAAAACAGGUAUUUUAUGUUACUAAUAGUUAAAUUGAUUAAAAUACAAUGUCAUCUUUCUGUCACCUAGCUUUCUGCAAAAAUAUCAACUAUAUUCUGGUUAGGCCACUUUGAUAGGUUUAGGGUAAUGUUAAGAAUUUAUUUUAGAGGCUGGAGAGAGUGCUUGCUGCUCUUUCAGAGGACCCAGGUCUAAGUUCUAGCACCCAUGUUAAGUGUCUCACCUGCAACUCUAGCUCCACCCCUAGAGGCAUUCAAACUCCUCUUUUGGUAUUCAUGGGCACCUGUCCUCAUGUGCACAUACAUGCACACUGUGUCUUGUAUGCCAAAGCCCAGACAUACAGACAUCAACCACAACCUGGAGAGCUUAGUGUGUGUGUUAUGUACAGCCCAGGAAGGAAUCAUUAGCUCCCUUUGGAAAGAAGUCUCUGUAGGGGAGCAGCCUCAGGUUUGUAGUCUUCUGGAAGAAGCAAGCCACGGUUGCUAGUUUUUGCACACACUGGUCAGCUGUUUAUAAACACUUUUGCUUGUUAUCAGAAGACUUUGCCAAUCCCACUAGUCUGAGGCGUUGGCUUUUGUCAAUUACACACCCUUUCAGGAAAUUGUCCACUCCUUACACACCCACUCAAAGCUUCCUCUGCUCCCCACACUCACACGCGGACAGGCACGCACAUUCACACAAAUAAUUCAGGAGUUUUCAAAAUUUUAUUUCACAGAUAUGAACUUUUUUUUCCCCCCAUAAAAAGUCAGACCUAGUAAGCCAUGGAGAGAGGUGGUUUUUACACUGUAGACUAAGGCUGGCCUGGGUGAGGUGACAGGAAGGGGUGGAGUGUGCCUUGGGAGGUUUGCAUGCCUCUUUGGUUUCUGCUUCCCAGGGUCAGACUGGCAAGCUUUAGUCUUUUGAGAAAAUGAUCCAGUGGGGGCGGGAAGCCUGUUUGCUCACUGCUCUUAUGGGAGUGGCAGUGCCUGCCGUCAUAGCACUGGUUGUAAUAGUAAUUUUAUGGCAAUAAAAUGAUUCAGACAAACAACCAACUAGAACUUUUGUACUGUACGCAAUUCACCAGGAACCAUUGGAAACACUUUGCUAUGUUGAGCCAUUGGCUCUCACUGUCCUCCUUCACAUAGCGUUGCAUUGGCAAGGGUGCUUGGGUUGUGUAGGGAUUUAUACCUCCUAGAAGUCAGCCUAGAAAGCUUGUGGGCUCUAGGAGUAAUCCUCUGAGUUCUUUCCCAGAGGAAAGACAGGCAGUUAGUAGUCCUGUUUUUCAAAUACAUGACAGGGCAUUUCACCCCUCAGGGUGCCUGUCUGACUUACGUUUCUAAACGUGUACAGGAAAACCCAGGUUGAGCUGGAGGAUAUUUGUAAAAAUUAUGUGAUUUUGGUGUAAAAAGAAAUUACAAACAAACUUUAUACAUUUUCAAAAGAAAAGGAGUCAGUUCCAACAUGGUCGUUCUUUACUAUGCUGAUACUUUUCAUUCUGAACUUCAUUGUAUGCAGAGAUUAUGUAUGCAUGAGUGUUCCACAUGAGUAUUACAUAUAACUUUCCAUUCUGUUUACAUUAUAUUAUAUAUGUGUGUAUGUAUGUGAAUAUUGCUUCAUAACAUUAAAACAUCUUUAUAAAGAGUUGCUCUUAAUAUCUUUCAGUGUCUGUAACUGUCCACAGUUUAGUUCAGUAAUUGUAAAUUUUUAAUUUUUUAACACAAAUCCCACUAUAAUGAGUGUGAUUUGGAAUUCAUGCAUGUUGAAAGAUACCAAUAGAGCCUUCAACAUUGUCAUCACCUUGGUGAGAUAUUUGCUGCACAAAUGAAGCUUGUAGAUGAAGCUCUGGAGCAGGGGGGAGCCUGUGAUGGCAUCUUACCAGCCACCAUCAGUCAAGUGACAGCUUGUUCCAGCUCCUGGAAGGAACCCAGUGUUCAGAAAGCUCUGCAGGAACGAGGACUUGCAGUUCAGACCUGUUCCGUGAGCACAUUGGACUCAGAGUAUUCUAAAGGAUGACAUAAGUUACUCUCUCUCUGGCUGCAUGUCAAAUGCCUGUGAGUCAGGGUUUUCAUGGGAUGAAGAGGCCGUCUUCAGACUGAGUGACAGGCCAGAGCUAUAUAUAGCUCGUUUCUUCAUGUUGCACCUGGUGGCAUUUGCUCUGCCCCAGUUGUUUGUUUCCUUGGGUGAUGUUGCCUUAGGAAUAGUCCUGAGGUGGUUUUAAUAGGAAAGAGUCAGUGUAUUGGAGCUGUAAUAAAGGCUGCCGUAGAGAUUCAUGGGUAGUUCUCUCUCUAGAAAGCACUCUCUAGAGGUUCAGUGUGGAGGAGAUGCUAAUAGCAGCCCAGUUUUUAUGAACUUAAUUUCAGUCAGAUCUCCUCACUCACACAUCUUUUAAAGUCAUAUUCUCCAUAAUGCAGAGCAAUCGGUAUACAGAAACUUCCUUUCCUGUUUGUGCUGUGGUCAGGGUAGAGGUUGUAAGCUGAAGGAAGAAGCCCAUUAGCCCAGGAGCCGUUAGCCUUAGCACAGGAUUGUAAUGAAGGCUAGGGAUUAGACUCCCCGUGUAUGAGGUGUAGCAUCUCAUUUGCUAACUUAAUCUCUCUAAGUGCCCUAAGUCUGCUAUAAUGGGCACCAUAUUAUCAGUGAAGAUUGUGGGCCUCUUUUGUGUGUGUGACUUCUUCCAUUUUAUUUUUGACCAUGUUUAGUGGAGCUCAGAAUCUUAAUCAUGUCUCCAUGUUUUUGCUUUUGUUUUUGUUUUUUUCAAACUUGAAUAAAAAGGUGCAUUGUGUGCCGCAGAGUGAUCUCAUGACCAGUCCUGGAGUAUAUCAGGGAAGCCUGUCAUGUGACGGAGUGCAUGUGUGGGAAGGUGAGGGAAUUGUGUAUGAAGCAUGGAAAAAGCUGCCUCGUGUCAGGGAGCAGGUAGGCAGUACAGUGGAAACCAGUGGAGAGACUCAGAAGGCAGAGCCCUUCAAAUACAGGGUUUGUUAAUGCCUGUGGCCUAAUCAAGGGCAGCUCUUAUUGGAGGUGGAUUUAUAAUUUACAUGGCUGGCCAGUGUUUGGAAAGGAGAUCUGGGCAGAGCAAAGCACACGAGUGAUGGUACACGAGGGGGAUUGAAGGAGGGGUAUCGUGCAUUGCCAGUAGCCUCAGUGAAAGGCAAAGAAUGGCGUUCCUCUGGGUAAAGGAGGAGAAGAGUAUGCGUGUGAAGAGGUGGCAGGACCUUUGCUCGUGGAGGCAUGACUGGGAGGUCACGUUCGCAGACCCCAGAACUUACUUGAGACAUCAGUGAGGUCUCUCAGGCAGCGUUAGCGGGAGGUUGGAAGGCGUGUGCAGUGUUUAUUUGUGCCAUGUCGAUUGUGUCCGUUUAUAAUUAGGGCUCUUCUUCACCGAUAUCAAACAUCUACAAUCUUUAAAAAUUAAAAUUGUGGUAUAGUCCUCUUAAUAAUCACAUUUUAUAUUGGAGCCGACAGCUAUAAUGAGGAUAAGUGGAGAAACAAGACAUUUAACUCGUCAGUCCUGAGAGGCUGCAGCACUGUUCUCAUUAUAUUUCAUGUGACAGACAGCGCACUGCUUGAGCUGAAAAAUCGCAGGCACUCUUCAGCGUGCCGGAACUACCUGGUAAUCAGUGGAUUGCUCUGAGAACGUGCUAAUGUUAGUGAAAGAGGGUAAAACAGCGGAUGCCUCCUUCCGUGCUUAUGAGAUGGAGAUUGAAGACACACUUAAAUGUUUCACGUUUUGCAUAAAGAGCUAUAGGAUUAGCUGCAUUUUUAAAAGUACAAAUUUGUUAAAAAAUCAUGUAAUAUCUUAUUAAUUACCUUAUUAGUCUUAUAAAUUAAUUAAUAUGAUAUUUUAAACAAUUCAAUAGCAUAUAAUGUUGCAGACAGGUGGCUUUAUUGGAUAUUAAGUGUUGUCCAAAAGGUAUAUAGGUAUAAAGAGAAGUGGGGACUAUGGUUUGGAAAGUCAUUUGUGUGUUCAGGGAAGGUUUACUCCCAGGAACUGGCAAAGCAUGGAUAGGUAAAUCUGGUUCUUCAGAAGAAAUGAGGCCCACAGUAACAACUCCAGACCAUCCUAAAUCUGUCUUCAUCGAGUUUCAGAAAGAAACAUGGCCGUAUGUAACUUUUCUCCUCAUGACAAGUAUCAUUGACCUAAAGAUUAAGUGAAACAGCACUCCAGGAGAGGUGGUUGUGCACGCCUUUAAUUCUAGCACCUGGGAGGCACAGGUAGGAGGAUCUUGGUGAGUUCAAGGUCAUUUUAGUCUACAUGCUGAGUUCCAGGAUAGCCAGAGCUCCAGAGGGAGACCCUGUUUCAAGAAAUGAUGAUGAUGAUGGCGAUGACAAUGACAACAGCAGCAAGUGCAGCUACUUGUUGAUGCACUGCUUAAUAAAUGGGCCUUUUCUUUUGGUGUAGCGUGGUUGUGUGACUGCGCAUGCCCACAUGCAUGUGGGAUCCAGGGGCUGAUUGUUGGAUGUCUCUGCCGAUGCUGGCUGGCUUGUAUGCUUCAGUCCUCUUGUCUGCCCCAACCCAGCACUGAAGUUACGGAAUCUGCUGCAUCUGUCUUCUUAUGAGAAUAGUGCCGUUACAAGUCCCCAUGCUGACCUGGCAAAUGCUUUACCAACUGAGCUGUCUCCCCAGCUCUGACACUUAAAUCUUUGCCUGGAAUUGGCAGCCUCCACUGUUGGCUGCAUCUGGCAGGCUGUGGAGAGCCACUGGUUUCAGGCAUGGUGUCACAUAGUUCAUUGUCACAUAUUUUUGCCAGAGCAAGGGAUUCCAGCUUGUAGUUCAGCAGUUUUUGACAAUAGUCAGCAAGGCAUGGGGUCAGAGGAGUUUCUUUUUUAAAUUUAAAAUGUUCAAUUUGAUCUAUAUCUACAUUCAUAAGAACAUGUGUAUAAGUGAGUCUGUGAUAGAAAUUAAAGUAUACAUAUACAUACAUAAAAAAAACUUUCUUUGCGUGAGUUUGUGUGUCAGUCUGCUCCCUGGGUCAGAGCUGUUAUCAUAUUCCUAACCCAGUGGUAGGUUUUAAAAUCUGACCAGACUGUAUUGCAUUAGACUUCAUGGGUGGAGUAUUAGCUUUAGCAGAUAGUUACCAAGAGUGAGCACUGCAUGUAUUGCUCUCAAAAAACAAAAAAACCCCAAAAAACCAAAAAACAAAAAAACUAACGAACACCGAAAUCAACUAACCAAUUCAACAAGCAACCCCCCCCCACCCCCAUGGGCAAAAUGCUAAUCACUCUAAAGAGUAGUGCGUCAACAGUUUCAUAUCUCUGAACCAGAAGACCCCACAAGGAUGCCCAGGCUCACUCCUAGUGUUAUCCUGACCUCUGCCCGACUCCUCUCACCUGCCCUCUGCAUUUCCUUUUUCUUAGGAGCACUGCUGAGUGAGCACAUCCUUUUGGGAUUGCUUAAAGUGAGGGGCAUAACUGCACAAAGGUCCUAUUGUCAUACCAUCAGAGCCAAUAAUUAAAAAAAAAAAAAUCCGGAAAGAAAAGUUUGGUUCAGUGUUGCAGGGAGAUUCGGUGACAUGGGAGUAGAGCUGGGGCUUUUGGACUGACUUAGGGAUGGCAAGAGGCAGACCUGGGAAGGAAGGUACCAGUGGGCUGUUCUUGCUCAUUAUGAGAACUGAACUGGUGAAAGAGAACAUGUCUCAUCAAGAGAUGUCAUGGGGUGUCUGGAAAGAUGGCUCAGAGGUUAAGGGUUUGAUUCCUAGCACCCACACAGUGGCUCAUAGAUGUCCAUAACUCCAAUUAUGGGGGGUUCUGACUCCCUUUGCUGGGGUCUGUGUGGACCACAAACAUGGAAGGGAAAAUUCCCCCUCCAUCCCCCACAAAAUACACUGUCCCUGUGAAGAAGAGCAGGAAACCUGUUGUUGGAAAUGGUCCAGAAGAGGGGCACAUAAAAGGGGUGGACACGAAGAGAGAAUAUUGAGCUGGCAAAAAUCCAUGAUUAUAUGUGUGUUCAUUCCAGCAUGCGUACAUGCUUUUGAAAGUGUUUCCCAGGGAGUUCACUAUUUUGGAAGUCCUGAAAAGGAGUGGUGCCCAAAGUCUACCAGUCACUUAAAAAUAUAGGUGUUGAGACUCAGAAUUGUGUCUUUAAACCUUUCUGUCCUCUCCCUACAAGUUAAACAUAUUUGCAACACCAUCAUGGUAACAUUCCCUUGGGGGUGGAGUGCAUUUCAAUGACUUAAGGUUUUCUUCAAUGUCAGGGUUACAUGGAGAAGCGCAGCAAGAUGACAAGGUCGUGCUGAUGAGCGAGCUCAGCUGCUGGAGCUGCCCAAGCCCUCUAGCUGGCAUUCAGUCCUCACUAAUGCACAUAGGAAUAAUAAGUACAAGUUUGCAACAAAACAGAAUGAAGUAGCAAAAUGGAAGAGAGGGCCCUGUGGAGGUCACAGGAAUAGUUUGUGUUUGCUGUGUGCUGAAAUUCAACUUCCCCAAGAUGAUGCCCAAGCCAGAUGCCUUAAAUACACACAGUAUAGCUGUUUGGCCCUUCAGGUCACCGGAGAUUCUGGGAUAUGUAGUUGGCUAGUUUUCAGUGAGGCCUGGGUAAUCCCGUAGGUGAACUUGUCUCCUGCGUACCUGUUAGAGUUUCUCUAUUUUUGUGCGUUGACUUCUCUACCAGAUAGAUCAGUCUUGCACUCAGCCCAUGUUCAUGCUUCUCAUCAGCUUAGCACAUUGUCAUGGGUCUUGCAUCAUCUGUGAUUCCUAUGUGUCCUGCCUAAAGUUCAACAACUCUUGGUAUUCCCAUAGCAGGGACGUGGUAAAGGUAUAUAUUAAAGGUUUCAAGGACAUGCUGGGAGAGUCCCAAAUAAGACAAAGAAACCAAUGAAACAAAUGUGAAUGUGGUUUGAGAACAGUUAACUUAAUUGCACAUGUGGUAUGUCCAAUUUUAACCUAAAAAUAAAAUUCAUUUUGACAUUAAACAUAUUAGGUAAAAUACAUUGGUAGAGACACUAGUACAUAUAUUAAAACAACCCCUUUGGAUAUUAGUGUAAUUUUUUUGCUUUAGUAUUAAGAAAAGUCCUAAAGCAUUCAGAAACAUUUCAUAUCAUUUGGAUUGUUCUUUCUCCUCUUAAGUUGUAUUCUGAGGUGGUAUCUGAGGCGCAGAGCAAAGCUGUUCUCUAGGGAGGGAGCUCAGUUGCUGGCUCAGGCUGGGAAUUGGGUUGCUAUAACUACAGCACACAGAUGUGCUAUACAUAUAAAUACAGUCUUUUGUGGUACUUGGGAUCCUGACAUUGGUAGUGUCAAGUAAGUGGCCUUAAACAACAGGAUCUUAGGUUUGUGUGUGUGUUUGAUGGUGUACCAAUUGUUACCACAUGCUUGAGGGUCAGAGAAUUGUCCUCUCCAUCCUGGGUGUAAAUGUGUGAUGGUUCAUUUUGUCACGGUUGUGUUUCUUUUACAGAAAAGUAUUAUCGUACUUAUGAAGGUCUUAAGAUCUGACCUAUAUCAGUGAAGCACAGUAUUGAUUUUUCUCUCUUAAAUGUUUGAAUUGGGUGUCUGCUACUACUUGCAAAGGGAUUCACAACUCUACGUUGUGUCAGUUACAUUCAGAAAUAUGAUAGAGGAAUGCUCUGGUACUUUGUGACCUGUGUGAGUUCAAUGUGUGUCUUAAAAUAUGUAUGUAGAAACUAAUUUUGUUUUUAAGGAAACAAAUAUGUUGCACUUGGGCAUCCUAAUAGGACAUAGUGUGAGUUAAGGAUUUUGCUAAAUUGGAAUAUCUUUGCUAAAAUAAAAAAUUUCGGUUAGUUGUAGUACUAGGGCAAUGUCUUUCUUUCUUUCUUUCUUUCUUUCUUUCUUUCUUUCUUUCUUUCUUUCUUUCUUUCUUUCUUUGAAUUGCAAUGUGUAUGUGUGUACUGUGUGUGUAGAAUUACACUCGACAGUUGAAAGUAACUAUAAUAUAUGCCCCUCUCAAUUUUCUAACGUACCAUAAAUUGUUUGAAAGCACUAGUUGUAAUAAGUAAAAUGAAGCCAUGGCUUAGAUAUAUAAGUGCAUGCAGAUUCUUAAUGUUCUUAUUUAUCAAUUAAAAUUGCACACACAGGAUUAAUACUAUUUCCUUAGCUGUUUUUUUUUUUUUUAUUUUACUAACAUAUUUAUGACGUUAUAGGAUUUAUCUUUUCUGCAAUUAAAUGUAAAACAGCAGAAAUGCUACUUGGUGUUCAUAAAAUCCUCUUUAAAAUUAGACUUUUGUAUUAGUAAGGGUUCUCUAGAGGAACAGAACUAAUAGAAUAUAUCGUUAUGUCUACAUAUUUAUCUAUAUUCACGUCUAUGAGAUUUAUUAGAGUGGCUUAUAUAGGUUGUGAUCCAGCUAGUCCAACAAUGGCUGUUUAACAGUGCAAAGUCCAAGAAUCAAGUAGUUCUUUAGUCUGUGAAGCUAGAUGUCCCAGCUUCUCGUCAGUAUAUGCUGCAAUCCUGAAGAAGUUGGGUCUAAUAGCAUGGAAGGAAUGGACUUGCCAGCAAGAGUGAAGGCAAGCAGGCAGAGAGAGCUACCUUCUUCAUUUAUAUAGCCUUUUCUAUAGGCUGCCACCAGAAGGCGUGGCCCAGAUUAAAUGUGUGUCUUUCUGUUUCAAAAGAGCUGGACUUAAAGUGAGUCUUCCUACUUCAAAUGAUUUAAUUAAGAAAAAACUCCCUCACAGGUAUGCCAAGCCACUUGGACUUUUAAUUAAUUCCAGAUGUAGUCAACUUGACAACCAUGAAUAGCCAUCACAGCUUUUAUGUUAAGUCUUUGAGUUAAAUAUUUUGGGAUACAUUUUAUCCCUCAACUUAUUUAUGUUUUUAUAGCUAUAAACUGCUGUUUAUUAAUGUAUAAUUUCAUUAUACAUUCAUAGCAUUUAUUUACUCAUGCGUUCAUUUAUUUGUGCAUUUUGAGAUAGGGUUUCAUGAUAUACCUCUGGCUAGCCUGGAACUUGGCAUGUAGACUGGCCUGGCCUGGAAUUCAGAGUUCCCCCUGCCUGUGUUUCUGCCUCCAGAGUGCUGGGAAGCCAGGCCGGUGGCACUGCACUGGCCCAGUGUUGGUGCACUUUCACAAAUGUUUGAGCUAAUUUUAAAAUUAGAGCAUUGGUCAAACUCCGUAAGAACACUUUCCUUUGUUGUACUGUACAGUUUAUGGCCCAUAAAGAUGAACUUAUGAUACAGAUAAAAUGUAUUAAAAUUAAUUUCAUUUACAUAUAGUUAAACACAAGAUUAAGAUUCUUCCAUUUAUUACUGUAAGUUAACUAUUUAUGUCAGAGGUGAAUGUGAAAAGGGACAUGUGAAAGUUGUACAUGUGUUUUCUUGCAGAGUUUUAUAUGUAUAUAUAUAUACACACACACACACACACACACACAUACGUAUACACACAUACACACACAGAGUUCAGAAUCUCAUUUUCAUUUUUCUUUACUGCAAGUCACUUAAUUGUGAACUUUUAUCUAAGUUUUGGAGUCUCUGCCUUAAGAGUUAUUGUGAAGAAGGUAUUUCAGGUUUCAUAGCCAGUCCUUAGUUCAUGUAAGUUACUAUGUGUGUGAAAGCAUCCUUCCUUGUGGUUAUAGCAGAUUUUUCAUUGAUUACCUGUCAAUAUGAAGUAACUAUAGUCUUGAAACACUGUAGAGAAGAGCUUACCACUCAGAACCAGUAAGCUUGAGUUUUAUCUUUUGAAGACUGCCUGAGGGCCGUUACGUCCCUGGAAUGAGAGGGUAUCCGGGAGGCUGCAUAUGGUUGGUGCCAGAUAGCACCCCUACACAGGGUAUGCUGUAGUGAUGGUUCCACUGGCAUUUCUGUCAGGGUAGAGGCUGAUUGGCCAUGCAGCAGAGUAACUUAGGAUGCCAAGUAAUCGCAUUGGACAGCAUUCAGAAUUACAGGGCAUGAGUUAAGAGAUGGAUCUGACACGAUUAACUUGUCCUUAGAGGAAUGGUGCCUUCAACAGCUCUAACAAGACAUCAAGGAGAGGUGGGUGAAAUGAACACAGGUUAUUUUAGGUGUAUUGAGUCCCAGGUGUUGACAAACAUGAAAACCGAGGGCAGGAAUAGGGCAACUUGGUAACUUGUUCACCUUGAGAUGGGUAGAGGGAGGGUUAGGUAAACAGAGAAACAACAAAUGGAGAAAGGGGAAUGGAUAGAGUUAUGUCUGAAGGUAACAGGACAGACUCUGACAGCUUUAAACUCAUGCCUUCCUAUCCACCAUAACUCCUAAGUGCAGAAUUACCCCCCCAGCCUAUCUUAGCAGGCUCGGCAGCGUAUUGCCAGGGCCAACACAAAUGCCAAAUUUUCUGGAGCUCAUUGAAUCUUGUAAAUGAGGUAGAAUGGAUCUCAAAAUAUUAAUUUAUAAAUAAUAGUUUGGAUUGCUUCUGCUCUUUCUCUCCUGUGAAUGUUCAUGUAUGGAUAGUGUACUUUUGUUACUUCUUGGGUACUAUGUGUUGUUUAUUGACCUAUAUCAUGAAUCACCACACUGUUCUCCUGUGGCUGGAGCUGUUCGUAUCCUUAAUGGCUGUCUGGUUGCUUCAUGUUGUUUCCCAGUCCUCUACUGUCAGACUUUUCAUACCAGCCAUUCUAAUAGCUGUGUGAUUUGCUUGUUUGUUUUGUUGUUGUUGUUUUGUAGUGGUGGUUUUGUUCUGAGUUGGGCUUGUACAGGGCUUGCACACACCAGAGGAGAGGUCCACUAGUGAGCUGUGAUAACACCAGUCUAAGCUUUUUCCCCCAUAUGCUAUUGGCUACUCCUGUUCCUUCUUUGAUGAAAUUAGUUCAGAUCUUCUGCUUAUUUAAAAAAAAAAAAAAGAUUGGACUACUUUUUUUUUUUGGAUAUUUUAAAAUUUACAUUUCAAAUGUUAUCUUUAUGGUUCCCCUCCUCCCCGUAGGCCCCCUAUACUCCUCCUCCCAUUGAUGCCUGACAAGGCCAUCCUCUGCUACAUAUGCGGCUGGAGCUAUGGGUCCCUCCAUGUGUACUCCUUGGUUGGUGGUUUAGUCUCUGGGAGCUCUGUGGGGUCUGGCUGGUUGAUAUGGUUGUUCUUCCUGUGGGGUUGCAACUCCUUCACCUCCUUCAGUCCUUUCUCUAACUUCUCCAUUGGGGACCCUGUGCUCAGUCCAACAGUUGGCUGCAAGCAUCCGCCUCUGUAUUUGUCAGGCUCUGGCAGAGCCCCUCAGGAGACAGCUAUAUCAGGCUCCUUUCAGCAAGCACUUCUUGGCAUCCACAGUACUUAGACUACUUAUUUUCUCUUGUAAACAUUUUGUGUAUUCUGGAUACAAUUCUUUUGUUCAAUAUAUUUUAGAAAAAUGUUUUCUCAAACAUUGGCCUGCGUUUUUCUUAAAUAAAAGACAAGGCUUUUAAAAAUACAGUAUUUGGGCUGGGGAGAUGGCUCAGUAGUUAAGAACAUUGACUGCUCUUCCAGAGUUCCUGAGUUCAAUUCCCAGCAACCAUGUGGUGGCUCACACAGAGGUAAAGGUAAAGGUGUUUACCACCAAAACUGAGGACCGGAGUUCAAUUCAUUACAGGUAGUUAUCUGUAAUGGGAUCCGAUGUUUUUUUCCUGUGUGCAUGAAGAAAGCAACAGUGUACUCACAUACAUUCAAUAAAUAAAUCUUUAAAAAUAUAGUAUUUACCCUGUGUUCCUGUGUGUGUGUGUGUGUGAGUGUGAGUGUGUGUGAGUGUGAGUGUGAGAGGGGGAGGGGGAGGAGCAUGAACAAAGGCUUGGGGAAGUUAAAGGACAGCCUGUGAGAAUCAGUUCUUAACUUCAACCACGUGGGACUCAGGAAUUGAACUCAGGCUCUCAGUUUUGGUGGUAAACACCUUUACCUCUAUCUCUGGCCUUAUCGCUGGCCCUGAACUGAAGGGUUUUUUUUUUUAAUUUUAAUUAAAAUUUAUUUUAAAAACUCUCACUUGUAUUUUUUACUUUGGGUAUCCUGUUUAAUGAUAUCUUAAACUGGUGCCACAAAAGUUUUCUUAGGCUUUUUUUCCCUAGAAAUUUAGUAUUAUCAGUUUUUUCAUUGAUGUCUACGAUACGUUUUGAGUUAAUUUUUCUGAGUGGUUUGAAGCUUUUUAUUUUUGCAUGUGAAGUCAGUAGUUUUAGGAAGAUUCCUUAAAAGAAUCUUUACAAUCCUUUCAGGUCUAUGUGUAUGUGUAGGAGUGUAUGCCAUUUAGAGUGCAUGUGAACAAUGUCAGAGGACAAAUUCAUAAAGUCCCUGUGGGUUCUGAGCAUAGAACUCAAGUUGCCCUCUCGCCUGCACCACAGGAAUUUCUUAAUUUACUGAAUUACCUUCGCAUGCUUUUAAAAUCCCACUGAAUUAAUUGUUAAACAUUUACAUAAAAUAUUUAACUAAAGAACAAAAAACCCCCAUUUAUCCCUCUGUAUGUUUGUCUGCCUUUGUGUGACCUAAUGGUACAUUUGUUAUAAAUAUCAAUUUUGUUCUUUGUUAGAAUUGUUUUGCAGUUGUCUUCCAUUAUAGAUUUAAGAUUAGCUUAUUGGUAUUAAGAAUGCCGGUUAGGAUCUGACUGGGUUGCUUGGACUGAAGUCAAACACCAGCUUUUUCCAUGAGCAUAGAGUACCUUUUUAUUUCAGAAAAUUUCCUUUCACAUACAGGUCAUGUGUAUCUCUUAUUAGGUCAUAUGUUAUCUCAUAUUAGUCUUGAUCAUAAACCUUUUAAUAGUAAAUCACAAGAUUUUACCACUUCCGUCCAUAAGAGAAAUUCUGAAACAGAUUAAACAAUGUCAACAGUGUUGAUUUUUGUAGAAAGGGAGGAAACACUCAUUUUACUCAUACCACAGUGUGAUUCAUUAGAAAAGCCCUCAUUUCCCUCAGCUGAGCUAAACCAGUUGGCCUUUUAUUACUUGCUAACUUUGUAGUAAGGUAUACGUGUGUGUAAGUGUUCUUUUCCUUGUUUCAAACAGGUUUUGCUAGGUCCUGUCUCACAAAGGCACACUAGCAUUUUACCUUAGGAAGUGUGCUGCAUCCGAUAGAUGGCUGGGAUUUGAAGCCAGCCUUGUAAAUGUGCUUCAAGACUGAGGUGUUUGAUUUUAUCAGUCUUACUCACUCACCAACUUAUUAUAUAGUUCUUAAUGUAUCUUUGUUGUUGUUGCUUCUGCGAAUGUUAUAAAAAUUAGGUUGUUUGUGGAUAGAUAUUGGAACCGAGCCGAUGUCUCUGACUCAAUAUGCUCAGCUUUGCACUGUGAAAUGGUGAAAAUUAACGAACCAUUUUGGUCAUGGCACGGGUCCCUGUGCUGAAGGGAGAGCCUGGCCUGGACCAUAACUUUUGAAGAACCAGUCAGGUGACAUCUGUGCCAAAGCACAGUGGUCAGCAGAGUCGUGUUUGUGCCGCUUUGUAGAGGGAUAGCAGCAGAUCAAUUUAGCUGAGCUGUCUGUAGCAGGUCGGUGGCGAGGGCACAGACACUCCCAAAGCGUAGCCCUCAUACCACUGUCCCAGGCUGCUUUGGGUUGUGGCACGAGAAAAAUUUGCUCUGUGUAGCCCGGUACAUCUGAGGUAAGAACAACUUUAUCACCGGAAGAGGGAAAGCGAGAGUCACACAGCUUCCUCCAGCCUCGCCCAUCUGUGAUGAUGUAAAUAUACGCCAGUCUUUACCGCACUAAUCCCUCAGGCCAGUAUACAAUUCAACUCUUUUGGUGGAGAGCAACCGGCUCUUCGCACCGCUCUAAUACAUGUUAAUAACAAAGAUUGCAGCUGUAGCUCUUGUGAACAUUUGACCUUGAAGCCUCACAGGAGGACAGACAUUGCCGAUUUCUACUUGUCCUUGAGUUACAAGAGUAGAUAAUGAAUUAAUACAAAUUGAUAAAGAGUAUCUGUCAGGCAGCUGCUGAGGUCAUGAGACUGGUAUGCGGAAAGAGUGCCCAUACAACAUGCGUAAUACAUAAUGCAGCCCAGAGAGGUGGGUGGGUCAUGGAAGCAGGAAGCGAGCCUCAGAAGGAAUGUUGGCUCUGCUAGAGCCACAAGCCCGGAGUGCAUGGGCUCACCAGCAGCUAACAGGGAAAUGGGAGCGCUUGCUGCUACAGAGACGUAGCCGUAGACGGUGGCAGCACUGUUGCUGUACUGGGGCUUCAAAGACAUUGAAGACAGUGCAGUUUUGGCAAGCGUUCUGCAGGAAGCUUUAGGCGUGGCUGUGAAUGCAUUGUCUUAGAGCCUUCUGAAAUGAUUGUGGUGGACUAUAUGGAUGAAAAUGAAGAAUAUUUCCAACGUCAAGCCUCCCACAGACAGUCACGGAGAAGAUUUAGAAAGAUCAACCAGAAAGGUGAAAGACAAACAAUUAUCGACACAGUGGACCCUUACCCUGUGGGCAAGCCACCUUUACCUAGAGGCUACCAUACGGAAUGCACUAAAUCUCAGCUCCCUGCAGACUUCACAAAACUGCACCUCACUGACAGCCUGCACCCACAGGUGACCCACGUGUCCUCCAGCCAUUCAGGAUGUAGCAUCACCAGCGACUCUGGGAGCAGCAGUCUUUCUGACAUUUACCAGGCCACGGAGAGCGAGGCCGGUGACAUGGACCUGAGUGGACUGCCAGAGACGGCGGUUGACUCUGAGGAUGACGAUGAUGAGGAAGACAUCGAGAGAGCAUCAGACCCUCUGAUGAGCAGGGACAUCGUGAGGGACUGCCUGGAGAAGGACCCGAUAGACAGGACUGACGAUGACAUCGAACAACUACUGGAAUUUAUGCACCAGCUGCCGGCCUUUGCCAAUAUGACGAUGUCAGUAAGACGGGAGCUCUGUGCCGUGAUGGUGUUUGCAGUGGUGGAAAGAGCUGGAACCAUUGUGUUAAACGACGGAGAAGAGCUGGAUUCCUGGUCAGUGAUUCUCAAUGGUUCCGUGGAGGUGACAUAUCCGGAUGGGAAAGCAGAAAUUCUGUGCAUGGGAAACAGCUUUGGUGUUUCGCCCACCAUGGACAAAGAAUACAUGAAAGGAGUCAUGAGGACUAAGGUGGAUGACUGCCAGUUUGUCUGCAUUGCCCAGCAAGAUUACUGCCGUAUUUUGAACCAAGUAGAAAAGAACAUGCAAAAAGUUGAGGAGGAAGGAGAGAUUGUAAUGGUGAAGGAGCACCGAGAACUUGAUCGGACUGGAACAAGGAAGGGCCACAUCGUCAUCAAGGGCACCUCAGAGAGGCUGACCAUGCAUUUGGUGGAAGAGCAUUCUGUAGUGGAUCCAACAUUCAUAGAAGACUUCCUGUUGACAUACCGGACUUUCCUUUCCAGCCCGAUGGAAGUGGGCAAGAAGUUAUUGGAGUGGUUCAAUGACCCGAGCCUCAGGGAUAAGGUGACGCGGGUAGUAUUACUGUGGGUGAAUAAUCACUUCAAUGACUUUGAAGGGGAUCCUGCAAUGACUCGAUUUCUGGAAGAAUUUGAAAAUAAUCUGGAAAGAGAGAAAAUGGGUGGACAUCUAAGGCUGUUGAACAUUGCAUGUGCAGCUAAAGCCAAACGAAGACUGAUGACGUUAACAAAGCCUUCCCGGGAAGCCCCUCUGCCCUUCAUCUUACUGGGAGGCUCUGAAAAGGGCUUUGGCAUCUUCGUGGACAGCGUUGACUCGUGUAGCAAAGCCACUGAAGCAGGCUUGAAGCGCGGGGAUCAGAUAUUAGAAGUGAAUGGUCAAAAUUUUGAAAAUAUCCAACUUUCAAAGGCAAUGGAAAUUCUCAGAAAUAACACACACCUGUCCAUCACUGUGAAAACCAACUUAUUUGUAUUUAAAGAACUUCUGACGAGAUUGUCUGAAGAGAAAAGAAACGGUGCCCCUCACCUCCCUAAAAUCGGGGACAUCAAGAAGGCCAGCCGCUACUCCAUACCGGAUCUCGCCGUAGACGUAGAACAGGUGAUAGGCCUCGAGAAGGUCAACAAGAAAAGCAAAGCCAACACCGUGGGAGGAAGAAACAAGCUGAAGAAAAUACUCGACAAGACCCGGAUCAGCAUCUUACCUCAGAAACCAUACAAUGAUAUUGGGAUUGGUCAGUCUCAAGAUGAUAGCAUCGUAGGACUGAGGCAGACCAAGCACAUCCCAGCUGCCCUGCCUGUCAGUGGAACGCUGUCCUCCAGUAACCCUGACUUGCUGCAGUCACACCACCGGAUUCUGGACUUCAGCACUACUCCUGACUUGCCAGAUCAGGUACUGAGAGUUUUCAAGGCUGACCAACAAAGCAGGUACAUCAUGAUCAGCAAGGACACCACCGCAAAGGAAGUGGUCAUCCAGGCCAUCAGAGAGUUUGCUGUCACUGCCACCCCAGAGCAGUAUUCCCUCUGUGAGGUCUCAGUCACACCAGAGGGAGUUAUCAAACAACGCCGACUCCCAGAUCAGCUUUCCAAGCUUGCCGACAGGAUACAACUGAGUGGAAGGUAUUAUCUGAAAAACAACAUGGAAACAGAAACGCUUUGCUCAGAUGAAGAUGCCCAGGAGCUGCUGCGAGAGAGCCAAAUCUCCCUCCUUCAGCUCAGCACCGUGGAGGUUGCCACGCAGCUCUCCAUGAGGAACUUUGAACUCUUCCGCAACAUUGAGCCUACUGAAUACAUAGAUGAUUUAUUUAAACUCAAAUCAAAAACCAGCUGUGCCAACCUGAAGAAAUUUGAGGAAGUCAUUAACCAGGAAACAUUUUGGGUGGCUUCUGAAAUCCUGCGGGAAACAAACCAGCUGAAGAGGAUGAAGAUCAUUAAGCAUUUCAUCAAGAUUGCCUUGCACUGCAGGGAAUGCAAGAAUUUUAACUCCAUGUUUGCAAUCAUCAGUGGCCUAAACCUGGCACCGGUGGCAAGACUACGAACCACCUGGGAAAAGCUUCCCAAUAAAUAUGAAAAGCUGUUCCAGGACCUGCAAGACCUGUUUGAUCCUUCCAGAAACAUGGCAAAGUACCGCAAUGUCCUGAGUGGCCAGAACUUACAGCCUCCUGUCAUUCCCCUGUUCCCUGUCAUCAAGAAGGACCUCACGUUUCUCCAUGAGGGAAAUGACUCAAAAGUAGACGGACUGGUCAACUUUGAGAAGCUGAGGAUGAUUGCAAAAGAAAUCCGUCACGUUGGCCGAAUGGCAUCAGUCAACAUGGACCCUGCCCUUAUGUUCAGGACUCGGAAGAAGAAGUGGCGGAGUCUGGGGUCCCUGAGUCAGGGCAGUGCAAACGCCACAGUGCUGGAUGUUGCUCAGACAGGCGGGCAUAAAAAGCGGGUACGCCGUAGUUCCUUCCUCAAUGCCAAAAAGCUGUAUGAAGAUGCCCAGAUGGCUCGGAAAGUGAAGCAAUACCUGUCCAACCUGGAGCUGGAGAUGGAUGAGGAGAGUCUUCAGACACUGUCACUGCAGUGUGAACCAGCAACCAGCACAUUGCCCAAGAAUCCUGGAGACAAAAAGCCUGUCAAGUCUGAGACCUCCCCAGUGGCUCCACGUGCAGGGCCCCAGCAGAAAGUACAGCCUCAGCAGCCGCUGGCACAGCCACAACCUCCACAUAAAGUCAGCCAGGGACUGCAGGUGCCCGCUGUGUCCCUCUAUCCUUCACGAAAGAAGGUGCCGGUGAAGGAUCUGCCUCCUUUUGGCAUAAACUCUCCACAAGCUUUGAAGAAAAUCCUGUCCUUGUCUGAAGAAGGGAGUUUGGAGCGUCACAGGAAGCAAGCAGAAGAUACAAUAUCAAAUGCGUCCUCUCAGCUCUCAUCGCCCCCCACCUCACCUCAGAGCUCUCCAAGGAAAGGUUAUGCACUGGCUCUCAGUGGCACCGUGGAUAAUUUCUCAGAUUCAGGUCACAGUGAGAUUUCUUCACGAUCCAGUAUUGUCAGCAAUUCUUCUUUUGACUCGGUGCCAGUCUCUCUGCAUGAUGAACGGCGCCAGAGGCAUUCUGUCAGCAUUGUGGAGAGCAACCUAGGUGUGGGCAGGAUGGAGCGGCGGACCCUGAUGGAGCCUGAUCAAUACAGCUUAGGGUCGUAUGCCCCAGUGUCUGAAAGCCGAGGCCUGUAUGCCGCAGCGACGGUCAUCUCUUCUCCUAGCACAGAGGAGCUUUCCCAUGACCAAGGGGACCGUGCUUCCCUCGAUGCUGCUGACAGCGGUCGUGGGAGCUGGACAUCAUGCUCAAGUGGUUCCCAUGACAACAUACAGACCAUUCAGCACCAGAGAAGCUGGGAAACACUGCCAUUUGGGCACACUCACUUUGACUAUUCAGGGGAUGCUGCAAGUAUAUGGGCCUCCGGUGGCCAUAUGGACCAAAUGAUGUUUUCUGAUCAUAGCACAAAAUAUAACAGACAGAAUCAAAGUAGAGAGAGUCUUGAACAAGCCCAAUCCCGGGCCAGCUGGGCGUCUUCCACGGGCUACUGGGGAGAAGACUCAGAAGGCGACACAGGCACUAUCAAGCGAAGGGGUGGGAAGGAUGUCUCCGCUGAGGCAGAGAGCAGCAGCAUGGUGCCCGUGACUACAGAGGAAGCCAAACCUGUCCCUAUGCCUGCCCACAUAGCUGUGACGCCGAGCACUACCAAGGGACUCAUCGCACGGAAGGAAGGCAGGUACCGGGAGCCGCCUCCCACACCUCCAGGCUACGUGGGCAUCCCCAUUGCCGAUUUCCCAGAAGGGCCUUGCCACCCGGCCAGGAAGCCCCCGGAUUACAACGUGGCCCUGCAGCGGUCCCGCAUGGUGGCACGGCCCACUGAGGCCCCGGCACCGGGCCAGACGCCGCCUGCAGCCGCAGCCAGCCGGCCGGGCAGCAAGCCACAGUGGCACAAGCCCAGCGACGCAGACCCACGCCUCGCGCCCUUCCAGCCGCAGGGCUUCGCAGGAGCGGAGGAGGACGAAGAUGAACAAGUGUCUGCUGUUUGAGGCCCAGGCUCCUUGAUCCACAGUGAGCCACCCAAAGGAGAGCACAAGAAGACGUCCCAAGCCUUGGAGCCUUGGCACGCACAUCUGAGGAUGGUGGACCAGUUUGCCUCCUUCCCUGCCUUAAAGCAGCAUGGGGCUUCUUCUCCCCUUCUUCCUUUCCCCUUUGCAUGUGAAAUACUGUGAAGAAAUUGCCCUGGCACUUUGCAGACUUGUUGCUUGAAAUGCACAGCCCAGCAGCCCCUGAGCUGCUGCCUGCCACGUCACGCAGUAUCAUUCCAAAUUCCAAGAUCGUCACAAGGCGAUUCCCUCUGGCGGCCCUUCUCCAUGCCUGGAAGGAGAUUCCAAUCUUCCUCUUAGAUUUCAAUCCAGUCCUAGCCCUCGAUCUCAUUUGGAAGAUGAGAAAAGCUAGCCUUUGAACUACCCGGGGUCUCGAACCCACCAAGGAAGACAAAGACUGAUAUGAAAUCCUUUGAGUACAGUGCUUGUCCACUUGUUUACAAUAUCCUUUAAAAAAAAAUAAGUUUAAAGAUUGUGUUCAGAGAGUAAAUGUUAUAUCCAUUUUAUGAUUACAGUAUUAUUUUGAACCUUAAGUAGGAUUGCCAGCCUGGGUUUCUGAAAAACCAAAUAUGCCGGACAGGGUUUGGCCGCACCAAGGGAAGACCUGGGCAGUGACCCUGUCUUCCCAUGUCCUUCUGGCCUUGCCCGUGAAGUGCCCUAUCCCAGAAGCAUCAAACGUUAGCCAAUUACUUAAAUACCAAGACUCCUCACCUGCCCCUUCCCCAGUGGGUGAGGCUCUAAUGUAAAACAGUUUGCACAUGGCCAGGGGAGGGAACUAGGACUUGUGUGUCCUGUCUGAGCCUUAUGAGGCAGGAUGGUGUUAUUUAAGAGUGUGUCCUGCUCAAUUACAAUGGAUGGCAACCCCUGUUUUUAAGUUAUGUUUGUUUGUUUUUUUGUUUUUGGGUUUUUUUGUUUUUUUGUUUUUUUUUUUAGUUUUGUUAAUUUAGGGUUUUAGAGCUUUUUGUUUUUAUUUUUUAAAAGAAACAUUUAUAACUGGAUAGCAUUGCAGUGAGGCAGCUUGGGGUGUUGGAGCGAAUGCCAGCUGUUUGUACUGCUCUUUCAAGACAGCCUCCCCUUGUUGGAUUGGCACCAGAGAGUAUGUCUUUAAACAUGAUUAAAGGUCACAAACAUGGUUAAAUACGCCAGCCUUUGCAAAAUGGUUAGUCACCAAAGGCUGACCUGUAAGUGGCUUUGGGGACGCUGCAUAUGGAGAAGGCCAAGUGUAGCGCCCGUCUGCUCAUAGCUGCUGCUAGCCCUAGAAUGACUGAAAAUGACCCCGCCGGUCUAUUCUUGUGUUGUUUUUGCACAGACUCCGGAAAAGUGAAGGCUGCCAAUCCGAGUAGUACUCAGAUGUGAGGGGCUGCUGAUCUUGGAUUUUUCCAUUAAAUUCAGCUGAUCAUAUUGAUCAGUAGAUAAACGUAAAUAGCUUCAAAUUUUAAAGGUCGAAUUGCAGUGUUUUUUCACUGUGUCAAACAAUGUCAGUGCUUUAUUUAAUAAUUCUCUUCUAUGUCAUGGCGUUUGUCUACUUGUGUAUCACAUUGUCACUUACGCAUUUGUAAUUUUCCAUGUAAUAUGCAUUAUUGCCAGUUUUACUCUAUAGGCUAUGGACCUCAUGUGCAUAUAGAAAGACAAACCUCUAGCUCUACCACAAAUUGCACAGAUGUUAUCUAAGCAUUAAGUAAUUGUAGAACAUAGGACUGCUAAUCUCAGUUCGCUCUGUGAUGUCAAGUGCAGAAUGUACAAUUAACUGGUGAUUUCCUCAUGCUUUUGAUACCACUUGUACCUGUAUGUCUUUUAGAAAGACAUUGGUGGAGUCUGUAUCCCUUUUGUAUUUUUAAUACAAUAAUUGUACAUAUUGGUUAUAUUUUUGUUGAAGAUGGUAGAAAUGUACUAUGUUUAUGCUUCUACAUCCAGUUUGUACAAGCUGGAGAAUAAAUAAAUAUAACAUAAAGCCUUGUCUAAACUUUU